AUGGGUGAACAGUCGAUCCCACCGAAGGAAAAUGAUUUUUCCCAAAACAAUAAAGACCCUCACAACGGGGAAGCAAUGAAUGGUGAUGAAAAUGAAGACGAAAACGAGGAAGACAUGACUCCUGAAGAAUUUGCCAAUUUGGAUAAUCAGCUGAAUGCUCUGCACUCUGCCUUGGAUGAAAUUGAACAAAAAAACGAUAGUAUUCAUUCGCAGCUUUUGCAAUUGCUUAACGCCAAUAGAGAGGUGAGGCAACAACUGAAGUUAGAUCAAGAAGCAAAUUCCCCUAUGGACACAGAUUCAAAUACGCCAAAGCAAUAAGUAUUAGAAAACCAGAUGUGCAUUUUCAUUAUAACUUAAUGUUUCUUUAUAGAUAGAGUUUACACAAAUCAAAUUUGACCUCAUUUUUUCCUUUAAAUAUUUAUUGUCUUCACCCCUUCAAGAAACAUUGACAGUUUUGCCUAAUUU